CCUGCAAGAGGACAAGCGCCGCUUCGUGGUUUGUUAAUUUCAUCGGCCCUGGCGCUUCCAUAAGACGACACGACAUUGAUGCAGCAGCACCGUGCCCGCGAUUCUAUCUUUGCCUUGGUUCAUUACUGGUGUUAGCCCCCUUUUCGGAAAAAAGCUCCAGAGUGAGUUGAGGCGCAACAACGACAACGAACUGCACGCGGCACGAAGGCGCGUACUCAAUAGCGAAAAAAUGACAAUAAGCGGCUCGCCCCCUCCACACGGAGCCUCUGAGCCAUCGUCUUCUAACGACGGCGACGGAUCACCCACCGCAGAUCCGGUUCAAAACCUUCUCAAGGCAGUCCAGAAAAACGAGGAAAGGGAGCAAAAAUAUCCAUACCACACGCAGUCGAAGAAGCUGCAGGACGACAAUGAGGCGCUGAAGAAGAGUAAUGAAGAACUGGAAAAAAAUAUCAAAUGAAAAUUGUAAAAAACUAAAGACAUAGUCGUCUCGGGUCAACGCAAUAAAUGCAUGAUCUCCGUUUGCCAUCAAUCUCCUUCCGGCUUAUUUAUGUACACCACAGGGUGUGAUCGCUACAUCGCAUCGAAGAAGAUGCUCUUUCACUCAUGAUCUUCUCUCUUCACACUCUUAAUUUAUCGCGGUAUGCAUAAAAUUAUACUUCCCUCUGGCGGAGAUAGAUGCGCAUCGACUGAAAAUCUCGCAGUUAUUCCGUCUUGGUAAGGAGUACACUAUUUCCUCGUGAACGAUGGCGACACUUGUCUUUCUUUCUUUAGGUGCACAACAAAAAUCGAAAAAGUGAAGGACCAGAAAAUCAAACUGGAAGAGCUUCAGGUGCUGUUGCAGGCGAAUGACAAAAAGAUGCAGGAACUCGAGCAGGGCAAGAACUGUUGCAGUUCCUUCUUCUGGGCAGCCUUCGCCCUUUUUCUAAUCGUCUUCGAGUUCUCGACCUGCACGAUUGUCCUGAGCUACAUGCUGUACAAUCAACCACCAUCAUCAACAACUAUCGCAGCACCGUCGACGUGCGAGCUGUGCUCCACUUUGAAGGAAGAUUUUGUGGAGCUCAAAGACCACUUUUACAAGUACGAAUCGAAGACAUUUCAGCAAUAGCACCGGAUUGUAACAAUGAUAUACGACAAAAAUUUUUUGUUUUGUCGAUGAUCAUUAUCAACUUUUUUAUGUACUUCUACCUAGAAAAACAAACGAACAACACCUAAAAAUGGGGUCAGAGCUAGGGAUUGUAUGGAAGAAUCCGUUUGCAACUUUCUUGUAUGUUCAUCGCAUGAAAGGACAUCAUUCAGAGCGGGCAUAUCCGGGUGAGUAUUUGCUUGACCUCCAUACCCAACACCGCCACAAAUGGGAAGCAGGGGACAUGAAUACGACUACCCGCGCAGUAGUGGCGGAGCUGGCAAUGAGUGCGACUGUCGGGGCGGUAGUGGCAGAGCCGCUAAAAGGAAAAGGCGAGGAGAGCAGCAGCUCCGACGCGGCCGCCAGUGACAGCGAGACGUGACACAACACCGCAAACGAAAUCCACAUUGAGAAUCACAUCUGCAGCUUCUUCCUCAAGUCCUCCUCCUCCUCGAAAAGAACAACUUCUAAAGCAUCAACAUAACAAUAACUAAAAGGACCACAGAAAACAAGUCGGGGCUCCGUGGGAUAAAAGAAACGGCUGCUGCUUGCGAUACAAUAAAAGACAGUGCUUCAUACUCUUCUACAGCCCUGCCGUCAGGGAAAGUCGGCGCCGCGUCUUUCCAGUCUGAGAAACAGCAACGAAACACGACCAACAGAAAGUAAUAUCUUGACGAGUUUCCGCAUGGCAUCCGCAUGUGGAGUUUUAACAUUUUGCGUAUCAUUGCUGACACCAACAAGGGAAGAUCAGAUUCAUUCACAGGACGUUUUAGACGAGCAACAUCACCAACAAAAGCUCGCGAUAAAAAAGACCCGGGUCAUCUGGAACAGUACCAGGUGCAAACGUUGAGGUUUGAAAAGCAAUUCGAAUCCGCGUUCCUGUCUGUCGCGUUCCUGUGUCGGGUGCUCAUGGAUGAUUGAUAUGGCUGAUUGUGGGUGUUUUUUUACAAGACUGACAAAAUAUAGACCGCUUGAUUUACCAGCUGUCCUCUCAUCUGCUGAAUAGUACAUAGACAAUUUUUCAACAGUAGAACAUUCUCUCUUAACUCGAGUCCACAGUAAAUCAAGUCAUAGCAACUGCAAAGAAGGUCUGUCAACGAAAAUUUUGGGAAAAAGCAACUGGUUUUCAUCUAUGAAGUAGUGGCGUCAACCUGCACCUGGCAAACAUAAAAAAAGAUAAAAUAAAGACAACCUAAAUAAGAAAUACCUUGAAACUCCGUCUGCAAUA